AGUAGAUUUCUAAACAUGCUGAAAAGAAAUUCCGACACUAUAAUUCAGGAUAUCGCUCGCCGCUGGAAGGAAUCUGAAGCGCGUAUCAAAGAGACAGAGGAUCUGCUGACCAGCGUUAAAUAUGAGGAACGAUCACUAGAGGAAGAUCGCCUGGAGAUACUUGGUGAACUGCUCGAUAAGGCCGCCCAGUCAUUUGAAAUUUUUGAUGAGCAUGAGCAUCGCAAAAUCCCGUAUGGACAUCGCAUUGUCCUGGAAGUGCGCUUGCUGACGGUUUUCAAUGAUGCGGUUGACCUGAUUUUCAAAAUUAUUGGAGAAUUUGACAAACUCAAGGGGGAUCAAAUCGGAGUAAACGAUGAACGCGAUCAACUUCGUUAUGAAAUCCGGUACUGCGAUGCCGUGUAUACGGAGGUGCAUGAACGUUUUUUGAAGUCUUAUUUGGAGAUGGAAUGGUAG